GCGGUUCGUCUACGCACAGGUGGAGAAGUUGCUGUCGCGGGGCAAAUUGGAGGGGAGGAAAAUUGAUGUACUCUUACCAUGCCUCCUGGGAAGGUGUGCAAUAAAGAAGCCUUGGUUCUGCAGUGUGAAUGGGAGAUGUGCACCUUUGUGGUAUCAAAGAUGGAAGAAUUCUGUGAACACGUGUCAAAGCAUUUGCAACAACAUCUCCAUGGGAAAGAGGAGGAGGAAGAUGAGGUGGAUUCUCUCGAAGAAUAUGCCUGCCUGUGGCAGGAAUGCGGUUUCUGCUCUCCAGAGAGUCCUGCAGACCUGGUCCGCCAUGUGUACUUCCAUUGCUACCACACCAAGCUGAAACAGUGGGGGUUGCAGGCCUUACAGAGCCAGUCGGACCUGACUGCGUGCCAGCUGGACUUUCAGAGCCGGAACAUUAUUCCUGAAAUUCAGGAGAACUUCCUUUGCUUAUGGGAGUACUGUGAGAGAGCUUUUGAUAAUCCUGAAUGGUUCUACAGACAUGUGGAGGAUCACAGUUUCUGCACAGAGUACAAAGUAGUUGGAAAGGAGAAUCACGUGGUCUUCUGUGGCUGGAAAGAUUGCGACUGCUCCUUCAAAGGCCGCUGCAAGUUGCGUGAGCACCUGCGCAGCCACACGCAGGAGAAGGUGGUGGCUUGUCCUACCUGUGGUGGGAUGUUCUCUAACAACACCAAGUUCUUCGACCACAUCCGCCGUCAGACCGCCCUAGAACAACAGCGAUUCCAGUGUUCUCACUGCUCAAAGAGAUUCGCCACAGAGAGGCUGUUGCGUGAUCACAUGAGGAACCAUGUCAACCACUACAAGUGUCCGCUGUGCGACAUGACGUGUCCUCUGCCCUCCUCCCUGCGCAAUCAUAUCCGCUUCCGGCAUAGUGAGGAGCGGCCGUUCAAGUGCAAUUAUUGCGAUCACAGCUGCAAGAAUCUCAUUGACCUCCGGAAGCACUUGGAUACACACAGCAAAGAGCCAGCCUACCGUUGUGAAUUUGAGGCCUGCAGCUUCAGCGCCCGGUCCCUUUGCUCCAUCAAACUGCACUACAGGAAGGUUCAUGAGGGUGACUUGGAGCCCCGCUACAAAUGCCACGUCUGUGAUAAAUGCUUCACUCGUGGGAAUAACCUCACCGUGCACCUCAGGAAGAAGCACCAGUUCAAGUGGCCUUCAGGCCAUCCUCGCUUCAGGUACAAGGAGCAUGAGGACGGCUACAUGCGGCUGCAGCUGGUGCGCUACGAAAGCGUGGAGCUGACGGAGCAGCUGCUGAAGGACCGGGAGAAGCAAGGGGAGGGGCUGGAGGACACGGCCCAGUGCAUGGUGCUGGCAGGGUCCGAGGACAGCCUGCAGGGGAUCAUCUUGGAGCCCCCCACAGAGGAAGCUGCUGCUGCUGAGGACUUGCAGGCAGCCGCGGCCCCCCAGCACCCGGCUGAGCAGGAGGCUGGCGCAUCCCCCGACCAAGAACCCGGCUCGCCUCCCAGCCCCAUCAUCCGCGUUGUGAACAGGACCAAUGAGCGCGGGGAGAGCGAAACUGUGUACUAUGUGAUGGCCAGCGCGCCUGCGGAGGGUCGAGCGGCGGCGCCAGACGGGUUUCCUGCCGAGCCCGAGGAGAACGUCAUGGACAGGCUUCAGAAGACAGCUGAGGAACUGGGCAUUCAGAUUGUCUGACAUUCCUAACGGUCCUCGGAGGACCUCUGGGCCCCUCCUUGCCCCUCCCCUCCCAGAGGAGACUGGGGGUUGCAAACGCAUACGUGUCGUCUCCUCGUGCUUCUUGAGCACACAUUCCGAGAACUGAACGCUGUUGGUGCUACCUGGGGGGGAGUGGGUGACAUUUCCUCAAAUCACGCUCCAUUCUCCCCCUACCCCUUCUGCAACCAGGGGGUGAGUUGGCAGCUUCCAGUGUUGGGUGCUCUGGCAAAGGGAAGGUGGAAGGUGUCUGUGAAGUUGGCCGGUGUGAAGGGCAGGGGCCAGUUCUUCCAUCCAUCACCAGCUGUUGUGCCUGCUGUGCUGCGUGCUGGAUCCAGUCCUGGAUUGGGAUUGGGGCUGAUUUUGAAGUGCCCCAAUAUUCCAAGAGAAAAUCUGCCCCCCCCCCCCAAACUACAUUCCUUGGAAGAUUCUGGUGUUCCUUAGCAGGCCCCUGCCAAAAUGUGUCCCUGCCAGACAGUCCCCUGUCUUGUUACUCUGGAGCAUGUGUGAAUUGCAGAUCCACCUUCUUUUUGAGGUGUGGUUUAUCUUCAGCCAGGUUUUCUUUGAAAUUAUUUGCCUCACCCAGUCUCCAGGUGGCUGAGCUGUACCUGUGCAUCCUCAGGUGAUAGUUCAUGGGCUCUUCUGCCCCCGCCUCGCUCUGCGGAUGGGCUGCUCAGCGGACGUUGUUUCCAGCCACUGCUUCACGGUUCUUGUCUCCUGCCUGCCCUCCUCAGAGGCUGCCCUUCCACAUUACCUUUGCCACCUGAGGGUCACUUGGUCGUGAAGGAAGCCCUGGCUCCUGUGCUGGAGCUCUUCCCACACAAUCUGGGAUUUCUUGUGUGACCUAAGCACUGUGGGGAGGGGCCGUUUUGCAGUCGUUCUCGCACCAUGAGAAAGAGACUUAAUUCUCACCACGUUACUUCCUCCCAAAGCGGGGCUCCAGCUCUCGGCUUGCAGUGUUUGUGUUACAGCAGGAGGAAAUAAUAAAAGUUCAA